AUGAGGAAUCAGACAAUGUUGAAUGAAUUCUUCCUCACCGGACUGUCUGACCUUCCAGAUCUUCAGCUCCCUCUCUUCCUCUUCUUCCUGCUCAUCUACCUUCUGACGUUAAUCUGGAAUCUGUUGAUUAUCACCCUCAUAGUCAUCGACUCUCACCUCCACACCCCUAUGUAUUUCUUCCUCGGGAACCUGGCUGGUCUGGACCUCUGUUGUUCCUCGGUUACCGUCCCACGAAUGCUAUUUGACCUUCUCAAGAAAAGCAAGAUUAGCAAAAUGGCGUGUAUAACCCAAGUCUUCUUCUUUAUAUUCUUUGCCAUCUCUGAGGUUUUUUUGUUGGCCGUCAUGUCCUAUGAUCGUUAUACCGCUGUAUGUCAGCCAUUGCAUUACAUACGGAUCAUGCAUUGGAAGGUGUGCGUACAGAUGAUUUCCAGCGUGUGGUUUCUUGGCUUUACCUAUUCUUUAGUUCAUACACUCUAUGCCUUCAAAUUAACAUUUUGUAGGUCAGAUAUUAUAGAAAGUUUCUUCUGUGACCUGCCCCAGUUGUUUCAGAUCUCCUGUAGUGACAUCUUCAUCAAUGUUCUACUCAUCUUUAUCUUGGGUGGCUUCCUUGGAGUCGGUUCUCUAAUACUGACCUUCCUGCCCUAUGUCUCUAUAUUCAAAGCUGUUCUUAAAAUGCAAGUUAAGGGCAAAAGAGGUAAAGUUUUCUCUACAUGUACCUCUCACCUGACAGUGGUCUUCAUAUUUUAUUGCUCUGUUAUGUUUAAUUAUUUUCAGCCAAGUUCUAGUCAUAAUUUUCAUAGUGACAAAGGGGUGGCCAUCUUUUACACAGUGAUCCUUCCUCUCCUCAAUCCCCUUAUAUACAGCCUGAGGAACCAGGAUUUCAAAACAGCACUUCAAAGUGUUUUAUGGAAAAUAUUUCCACCAAAAUAG